ACUUCAGUCAGUCUAGGUUGUACUUCUCAACCGUCAACAUUGCCCUCGACGGCGCUCGUAGUCGUUCCUCGUGCUGGUGCCCGUCGUCGUCGUCGUCGUCCGCGGUGGUGUUUAGUGAUGUGGAGGUGCGUCAGUGCGUGACCGGGAUGACGUUGGGCGGCGCCGUCGCCGGCCCCAGGUGCACACAUGCAGUGUCUCCGAUCGGGGGGCUCCGGGCCGUGAGAUCGUCGUGAGUACGCGACCUGCAGACAUGUUAGGAUUAUCGGUGCAGCAGUGUGCAUGUCUCGUCUUCCUAGUGGUUCUCGCAGUUUGUUCCGGUUUCACAGACGCUAUGGCCAGGAGUCGCUCAGUGAGUGAGGUGUCCGAGGUGCGGCGGCUGCGCCACCAUCGCGCCGCGAGGGAGUCGCACCGCAAAUGCCCCGAGAUCAACGUCUUGUGGAAGGCGUGGAGGGCCGGCACCGUGGCGCACGCCACGGCCCAGAGCACCAACUGCAAGAACAGGGACGAAUGUGAGGUGGUGUUCAAGGUGCUCAAGUGGUUCAAACGCGAGCCCUCCGGAGCCGCCAUGUUGCCCAAAGAGGACACAGUACUACGGCUCAGCUUGCGCAAGAAUAAUAGCAAAUACUGCGAAUACGACCAGCUCGCCACCAGGACGCAACCCCUAGUCAGGACCAAAAUCGAAACGUCCAAGGAGUACAUCCUCUUUCUCAACAUCUCCGGACCCCACAAGUUUUUCGCCGCUUUUGCACCGGCACCCAUCGAAAGAAAAGGGAUACUAAAAGCUAUGGAUAAAGUCACAAAUGAAACAACAUUCUCUACGAAGCCUGUUACGAUUAACACGAAGGCCUCAAUAUACAAAGUCAAACAACGAAAAUACGUGUGUAAAGUAGAUGGUUUCCCCAUUCCCAUAAUCCUAUGGAAGCGAAACAACACGAUACUCCUCCACAACACGUCCUUCAUCCAGAUCAUUCAGAAAAAGCGAAAAAUUAGUACUCUGAAGGUUCUUCGCGGUGACACGGGUCAGUACACGUGUGUGGCGAAAGCAGCGAAUGGACAGGAAACUUCCUAUGUCAUCAGCCGCUCGACGUCGAGGCCAAAGACGCACACGUCCUCUGGGUCUAGGAAGCACACGACCUCCAGGCCCAAGACUUACAGACCCUAUGGGUCUGCGAAGCACAGGACCUUCACGCCCACAACGCUCACGACAGCCAUGCCUGGAGAACCCUGCAAGGGCAGGCUAAAAGAAGAGUUUUGUUAUAAUGGGGGCACUUGUUUUUCUACGCUUGGUGAGAAUGACUGUAUAUGUCCUCAAGGGUACACGGGUCAUAGAUGUGAUCGAAAGACGUCCAAUAAAACCAGUAUGUAUCGACAAACACCUAGAUACACUUGUAAGAUAGGCCUCUAUACGAAAUACGAUGAUUGCUAGAGAAAUUAUUCCUUUUUUACGAGACGAGAGUUCGUGGUGGACUUGCGCCCGGGAUUUAAAUGAUUUUUAGUGGAUUUUUUAACAUCGAUGCUGUGUAAAUUAACUUGUUACCGUUUGUACAUACACUUAUUGAGGGAUGAAAAAAACUCCACUGUAUAUUUGUAAACUAUCCUAAUGUAUAAGACUGUUAAAAAGCGUACGUUUCUUCUGUUUUAUGUAGACAGUCAUCUAUCAAUCAUUAAGAUAAAUUAAUGUCCACAAUGAUCUACGUGGAGUUCCAGGAUAUGAAAUUCAAAGUUUCAUGACUAGAAGUUGGUAGCAAUGAAACCCGACGAAAUUAAACCCUAUUCUUUAGGGCGUAGAUUAUUAUCGACAUUCAUUUACCCACUUUAUACCUGAUAUCGAAUUCGUCAUGAUUAAAUUUGACCGUAAAAAUCGAUUUGGAUUUCAGGUAAAAAGCAAUGUACCUAUAAAUAUCAGGGACCGACAUUUUACUUAAUUUUUGUAUAAAGUCAUGUAGAUAUAUUUAUUUAUUACAUCUAUACUCACAACAAAAUCUUAAAAAUCUUUAUUACAAAUUCUAAAAAAAUAAAAAAAUUGUUGUAAACUUAUUAAUAAACGAUGAAAGAAAGGAUGUAGUUUUUUACUAUUGGUUUGACCCUAUCUGGUACAUUGGGGGGACAAAAGGACUCUCUAGUGGAUAAAAAAUUGUAAAAUUAGGUAUGUAAUAAAUUUUGCCUGCUCUCUGUUAUUAACCAAUUCUUUAAUAACUAUUUACUAAUAACUCUCGAAAUUUAAUUGACUGUUAGAUUUGUUGUGAGUUUCAGAUGUCUCUAACUCGCAUGUCCCUCUUAUUAAAUAGCAAUUAUGUAGAUGUAUUAACACAAAACCUCUCAACUACCGAGGAAAACCGAUUCUUGACACGACUAUACGUUUCCCUUUAUG